GUCCUCACGAUCAAACUGCUUAUGUACUGUACAAAGACUCGUCAUGCGGCUGUCAGGCACCACCUGAGGCCAGCGUCUCACGUACGAAUGAUACAUCACCUGGCGACCUGCAUUGCUAUCUUACCAUUCACCCGAACACUCACAUCGGCAAAAGGGAACAAUGUCGCUCGCGCUCACGAUUCUCAACGUAAUCGCAGCACCAGCACCGAUCACGCAGUCUGAGAGCAGGACACACGCUUUGGCCCGAGAGCUUCAGUUGUGUGGCUGGCAUUGUCUGAGCGGAAUGACAGCUAUGAUCAUGGCCGUCAAUGUGUUCAUGUCUAGUAGGCUAUGCGAUUAUCCUCCACCUCCUCCGGAGCAUCGGUAGCACCACUCCACGCAAAGCCUCCAAUCGCGAACCCACCAUCCCUCCUCAUCCCCCAUCCCUCAUCGAUCAUCCACUCUCACUGCGAAAACCUUGC